GCGCCAAAACCUGUCAACGUACCGCCCGUACAUUCCUCCUCAGUGUGUUCGGUGCGCGUGUGUGUGUGUGUGUUCGUCGCACACCAUUCAUGACUUAUGGACUCGUUGCGAAUGUUGGGUAAUGCUUCUCGAGCGCAUUCAGGAACGAAGGUUGACCAAGGUUGACUAAAUAAUACAUCUCACUCAAGCGCGAGUCUAGUGCUUUUCGGACAUCCAUCAUAUCGUACUUCCAUAUCCAGUACCGACGGAGACUUGUUGAAAGCCGCUUUUACAUCAUCAGCCAAGAAAUCAAACUGUAAAUCGUUCGGAUAGCAAAAUUCGGUAAUCUUCAAAUGAUGCUUUACUCGGUUACUGAUUGAUUGUGUGGUAUAUCCAAUCGACUUGACUUUCCACUUUAUAUCAAUUCGGAAUUUGUGGUUUUCAAGAUGGCGGCCGUGUUUCUCUACUUCUGGAUCGCGCUCUCUUGUUUCCUCUUGAAUCUCGUAGCGGGGCAGCUUGAAUGCUCAAGGACACCCAAGCCAGUCUUUAUGUCUACCGAAACAGAGCUCGAAGCAGAUGAGAAAAAAUCACUUACUUUACCAUGUGUCUUUUACAAUGUCACCGGGGAUUUCCAAAUAUAUUGGUAUGCCGGGACUCAGAACAUAUACUGGAACGAUAGUCCCCAGACGGGUUCUGUUAAUUACGAUAUUGAUUACAGCCCCACAAAUCCAACCAGAAGCUCAAAUUUGACGAUCAAAGUUUUAAGUACUUACGACUCUAUGACGUAUAAAUGUCGAGUGAGUGCAAGUGAAUGCAAGGUCCAGGCAGAGUUUAACGUUAUCGUCAAUUAUGCACCUGUCGUGUACUAUAUUGGACCCCGAGAGCCGCCAUUUUGGAGUAUCGAUGAACCAGACAGAAUAUUCGUGAACGAGACAUACAACAUCACUUUAAGAUGCAACGCCAGCGGUAGACCCGCCCCCUUCUUUACCUGGGUAAAAAUGAUACCCAACCAGCCUGAGCCUGAAGAACUGUCGGCGGGAACAGAAGAUACAAAGCACGGUGUUUUCAUGAUCACUAAUGUAUCAAGGACACAGAGUGGAGACUACCGCUGUCAGGCGACCAAUCGCAUCGGCCCCAACUUUGGUUACGUGGAAUUGGUCGUGCAAUACGUACCCGAACUGACGGGUCUUCCAUCGGACAUUCGGGCUGCUCCGGGCGCUUCGGUAACCUUCGGGUGUGACGUCAUUGCUAAUCCCAAACCCUUCGACUUCUACUGGAUGAAAGAUGGCUUAAAAUUAAGUCAAGAUGGCACAAAUCCCACACCUAACACGUUUGUUAUUCUCAAGCUUGACCCAAAGACGGACUAUGGUAAUUACACCUGUGUGGUGACAAAUCAAGUUGGUAUUUCUUCAGCCACGGUAGAAGUAAGCGGACGCCCCCUGGCACCGGUGAUAAUGAACAGUGAUCCACAGGGCAUCUAUCGACACACGUACAAUCUUACAUGGUCUCCUGUUUCGAAGAGAGAAAACAGCAGCCGAAUCAUCAACAUCCCUGUUGCUCGGUAUAUCAUCAAGUACCAAAGAAAAGACAUACAGAAUAGAAUGGGCACUAUGGUGACCGUCCUGUGGCCCAACGAAGCCUUAUCGGAGACAGUCCAGGGUAUACAAGAAUACCUUAUGCUACGAGAUCUGAAGGAGAACAGCUCCUACGUGGGACGCGUGUGUCCAGAGAGCGACUACGGAAGGGGUGACUGUGUGUCCUACACAUUCACAACAUCUGCAGUUGACUUCCAACCCCCACCUUCCCCUGAAAUUGGAUAUUCAGGCAAAUGCUCGAAUCCUAGUAUGUGCGUUGGCACGUGGACACCGCCCUCAUCGAGUGCCGAGCGGCAUUCAACGGUUGCCAUGGUGACAUUUACAGCGGGCAUCAUGUCGUGGUUACUGACGUAAUAGUCAUCGGUCCUUAACUUUUAAUGGACUCAGUACUGAUGUGAUGUGCCGUUCUGAUGUUAGAAAUUAGUGAAAUGUCCGUUAUUGAGGGACAAUAAAUGUCCUCUAUUAAAGGGAAGAGUUUUGCAUACGGGAAUAUACGCCUGACCAUCGAGCCGUGCUGCUUGUCGAAGGGCUGCAUCGAGACUAUCUAGCCCUGUUUGAUUUGUCCAAUUUGACUUGGGUCACCUUUUUUAAACAUUUAAAAUUCAAAAUAACUUAAAGGUCUUGUUUUAUAUUUUUAGAAAACUACAAAUAUCGCAGAUCGCGGUCACAAAUGUUCGGGGUUUAAUUACCAGAGCUUACGUGUUUUUAAUUAGUAAUAGGAAAUAAAAUUCUUGGUAGUAACACAGGG